AUGAUAUCCUCGGCAGUGGUGAUCCCCGAUGAGCCUGAACCCUCAUUGCCGACCACGUCUCUCAAGAGGCGCCAGUCAGAACGAUCAAAGUCGCCGGACUCGAGCAAACGGCCUCGCCUCGACAGCCAUUCCUGGACCAUCUCAAGCAAUCACAAUGGCGCGAGAUCGCCUUCCUCUCCUCGCGCCGCGCGCAACGCAUCUUCGCCAACCUCGACCACCUCGGCAGUUGCAGUAGGAGGACAAGCAAUGUCACCUCCGCGCCGACGUGCCACGGCCAACAACAGCGAUGAGAAGUCGCGCAAUCGACGCCUUUUCGGCGCACUACUAGGAAACCUUGCGCAGCCGGCGGCAUCAUCGCGCACAAAGUCCUCUCCCGCAAUAACAGCAACGGCUGCCAGACGGCGCGAGGACAUAGAGUCUCGGCAACGGCAACGCCUGCAGCGGGAGAACGAAGAGAUCUCGGAGCACGCGCGCCGGAAAAGGGAAGAGCUGAACAGGACGCGGAAGGUUGAGCAGCGCCGCUGGGACGAGGAGGCGAUCAGGACCAGACAUACCAACAUGAGUGCCAUGGCGGAAUUUUUGAGGACGGACACUGAGCCGAUGUUGUAUUAUAAGCCUUGGGAGAUGCGAGCGCAAGAGGAAGAGACUGUGAGGCGACAGAAGGAUGAAGUGGAGGAGACGAUUAAUCGGGAGUGGGAGGCGUGGGAGAGGAAAAAGCGGCAGCAACAGCAGCAGGAGAAGACCGCUGUUGUGGCAGGUACUCCGGGCGACCGACAGCGGGAUGAUGGUGCUGUGGUGCAAAGUGGCAGCACAAAUGGCACCAUGGAGAGCAGACGGGGACUGAGAUCGGAAGAUGUCCCCAUGAAUGGAGGUGUCGAUGGCCCUGCCAAUGCAUUGCCACAGGCUCAAAACCGAGCACCGUCUCCCGCAUCGACUCGAGAGGAUGCGAAAGAUUCUUCGCACUCUCCCGCGCGGUCCAGGACUGAGGCUAAAGGAGCCGGCGGGCCGGGUAGUGACCGGCCGCAGUCCAGCAAGGAUGACGAUCAUGGCGGCGAAGAACUCGAGCUCGGACAGGAGGACGAUGUUAUUUACUAA